AUGCUUGACGGCUGGCGUUGUGGAUUAGAUGGGCGUUCUGUGCGUUCUCUAGCGGAAGGAGUCUCUUCCACUUUGGCAGCAGAGAGAGUUCAGCUCUGGCGCGGUGAGAGGUGUAGUGCGACGCAGCAAUUCUAGACUACUAAUAUUUUUGGAGACAAGCUUGGAAAUCCAGUCCAGAACUUUGGAAUUAAACAAGUGAUAGGCUACAUUUGGUCAGACAAACGAAAGCGUAUCACGUUUCGCAAACUUUAUUUUGAAAAGUGCAAGUAGAGGUUUAUCUGAAUAUCGGACCCCGAGAACGUCUGCAUGAAGAUGAUACUGUUUUUUUUAUGUUAUUACGGGAUUAUAAUCGGGAUUUAAAAUUAAACGCAAGGAAUUUUUGUAUUUUCCUAAUAUCUUUCCAAAAUGUUUAGCUUCCAAAACCUCUUAUUGUUCACAGAGCCGAGGUAAGAGACGUUCCACUUCACCUGUCAUGCGUCAUGCGGGAUUUAAGCUGGAGGAAUAGGAAAUUGUUUCUGGAAUAAACCUUCGGAUGGAGUUGUUACGUUUAUUCUCGUGUGACCUAAUACAAGGAAAGAAGGAAUUAACUUCCAGCUCAAGUAAUUGUUAAGCUUGGUCAAUGAUUUACAAUUGAACUUCCCGGAGCAUCGGCUUGGUGCCGCAUAGUCGAUCUUCCAAAAUCCUUACGAAGUUGUCACAGGUUCAUUAGAUAAAACAACAGUGAAAGUCCAUUAAAAAAAAUAAAAAUUGUGACCGUGGCAUCAUUUCUAGCCAUGGUUCAUUGGAAGGGUGAUCAUGCUUUUGGAACAGUAUAUGCGAGCUGCGGUCUGGAAUGAAACUUAUUGUUGAUUUAUAGAACAGAGGACUGUGGACAUGCUGCUGGAGCAAUUACGCUCUCCUUCGGGGAUUUAAUAUAUCCGAGAUGCAGUCAUAAAUUAAAGGAAGGCCUGUGCUGAGAAAAUACUCAAUUCACAGCACACAGUGCAAUUCCUGUCAUUUUCUACCGAUUUGUUUUUUUACGGAAACAACCCCAUGGCGACCCCGGUCAAACCCCCGUUGUGUGGUGUGGUCUGUUGGUUGCUUGCGUUGCUCCUCUCCCAGCUGCCCCGGCUCGCACAAACCGCGUCCAAGGACAUCAUUUGCGAGCUCAUUACGGUGCCUAUGUGUAAGGGCAUUGGUUAUAACCACACAUACAUGCCCAACCAGUUCAACCACGACACCCAGGAGGAGGUGGGUUUGGAGGUCCAUCAGUUCUGGCCAUUGGUCCGCAUCCGCUGCUCGCCGGACCUGCUCUUCUUCUUGUGUUCCAUGUACACCCCCAUCUGUCUGCAGGACUACAGGAAACCUUUGCCCCCCUGCCGCUCUGUGUGUGAGCGGGCCAAGCAAGGCUGCUCCCCCCUCAUGAUCCAGUAUGGCUUUGAGUGGCCAGAGAGGAUGAGCUGUGAGCAGCUGCCUCAGCUAGGAGAUGAGACUUUAUGCAUGGACCCGAACAGUAGCGAGACCACCACCCUAUCCCCCGCCUUCCCCAAACCUACCCCCAAGGGCACCCACCGCCGCAGGCCGCCUGCCCCAAAACCGCCCGCCCCCCAGGAGUGUGACCGGGACUGCCGCUGUAGGGACCCUCUGGUGCCAAUCAAGAAAGACACCCACCCCUUAUACAACCGUGUCCACACUGGCCCCGUGGAUAACUGUGCCCAACCCUGCCAUCAUCCUUACUUCUCCCAGGACGAACGCGCCUUCACCACCUUCUGGAUUGCCUUGUGGUCGGUCCUGUGUUUCGUCUCCACCCUGACCACGGUGGCCACCUUCCUCAUUGACAUGGAGCGCUUCCAGUACCCCGAGCGACCCAUCAUCUUCCUGGCCGCGUGCUACCUCUUCGUCUCCCUGGGCUACAUCAUAAGGCUAGUGGCGGGCCAUGAGAGGGUGGCGUGUGAUGGCACCGGGGACCAGCGGCACAUCCUUUACGACACCACGGGCCCCGCCAUCUGUACCCUGGUCUUCCUGCUCAUCUACUUCUUUGGCAUGGCCAGUUCCAUUUGGUGGGUGGUUCUCUCCCUCACCUGGUUCCUGGCUGCGGGCAUGAAGUGGGGCAAUGAGGCCAUCGCCGGUUACUCCCAGUACUUCCACCUGGCCGCCUGGCUGAUCCCCAGUGUCAAGUCCAUCGUGGUCCUCGCCCUGAGCUCCGUGGACGGCGACCCGGUGGCGGGGAUCUGUUACGUGGGGAACCAGAGUCUGGAGAGCCUCCGCGGGUUGGUGCUAGCUCCGCUGGUCGUCUACCUCUUCACCGGCUCCCUGUUCCUCCUAGCGGGCUUUGUGUCUCUGUUCCGAAUCCGCAGCAUCAUCAAGCAGGGUGGGACUAAGACAGACAAACUGGAGAAGCUGAUGAUCAGGAUCGGCUUGUUCACCGUGCUCUACACGGUCCCUGCCACCAUAGUGGUGGCCUGUCUGGUGUAUGAGCAACACUACAGGCCCAGCUGGGACCGGGCACUCUCCUGCUCCUGUCAGGCUGAGAGACAAAGGCUGGGGCUGGGGCCUGACUAUGCCGUCUUCAUGCUAAAAUACUUCAUGUGCCUGGUGGUGGGGAUCACUUCCGGGGUGUGGAUCUGGUCUGGGAAGACCCUGGAGUCAUGGAGGAGGUUCACAGCUCGCUGCUGCCCUUGCUGGGCCUCCAAACCCACCGCGCCCCCCUCAAUGUACAGCGAGGCCAGCACGGCCCUCACGGGACACCCCGGGGCAGCCCUGCCACCAGGGUCCUACCACAAACCUGCGCCGCUGUCACACGUGUGAGCGGGAACUCUGCGCGUAGAGGAGCACGCAGUGUGCUUUUGUACAGUGAUAUCCCCCCGGUCUUGCUUGUGAACUGCGACAAGAGCUCAGAGGUAAAGGAGGAGAUAACUCUAGUCAUUCAUCAGGUUGUAAAAACAGCAUUUUAUCAACCAAUCUGCCUGGCCGAGAGUUCUAGGUACACACACAACAAAGUAGCGGUUUUACAGAAAAGAGGGAUUUUGUAGAAGUCACAAAGUGGUGAAGCACAAUAGAAAUUGGACAUUUGUGUCAUUAGAAGUCUGUGGUACUUCAAGUGCUCAAUGUUGCGAAAGGACCACUGUUUAACAGACUGACUAGAAACUUCUCUGUGAUUUCAUCCAUGUGUGGAUGGAAGUAUAAAAAUGCACGUCCGUAAUCCUGGCUAUUCAUGUGGACCUUCAGAGAUGAGACUCACUAUUUAUUCCUGUAUAUAGGAUGAUCUAUUCAAGACGAUGUAUUGAUGUGGUCCAGUACCCUAUUGUCCAGGGUUUUGUUCUGUGUAGACACUGACUCAUUAAUGGCUGAACACAAAACAACUAUAAGGAACCCACAGAUUUAAAUAUUUCAUUUAUUUCUUUGCACUUCCCCAGUGAUUUGAAUCCCAAGUUUUUUGUUUGGAUCAAGUAAAUGUGUGUUACAUCUGUAGUAUGAUUUUGUGUGUAUGCUGUUUACCUUGAAUCAAUCCAGUAUGUAGGCUACAAAUGCACAAAAUCAUUGUCUUAUUCUGCCUGGUAAAAUCUGUCUUGGUUAACUGACAAGUUUGUGAACAGCCUAGCUGGUCAGUAUGGUAUUUGGACCUAAAUCUUUGGUUAAAACAGCUUUCAAAGAGGUGAUCUGAAUAAGAAUGUGUAGCCCACCAGUGUACCGGUAAAUUAGAUAUAGCCUGCGUUUUCACAGGCAGCCAAAUUCUCUUCUUUUUUGUUUGUUGCUAAUUGGUAACCUUUGAUCUCAUUUAAAAACAUGAUUGAAAAAUACCAAUUGUGUUUCUCUGUGUGUGUGUGUGUGUGUGUGUGUGUGUGUGUUUGGGGGAGGCUAAAUUAGGCAUAGCAAUCUAUACUUUCAACCAGAGUAGUUUUGUCUGCUCAAUAUCAAAAGUAGCCUCUAAAACACAUGUUAAUAAUAUCCAUUGCCAUGGUUAUAGUAUUUUGGUUUAGUCUUGAUAUUUAAGAAAAUUAAAAGCAGUUUGGUAAGGCUGGUCAAUCUGAUCAGUGAUUGGUCACCCAGGCCAGAAGAUAGGUGGUAACCAAAGGGCACCUGGCCUUUCUGAGUUCUGCGCCGGUGACGUUGUAUGUUACCCCCCCUAGUGGUACAUGCUGGAACUGUUUUGAACAAUCGAACGGUAACCCAUGCAUAGCCGCGUUGAAAACCAAGCUUUCUUAAACUUGAAUGGAGACAUGACUUUGGAUACUUGUGUUUCAGAUGUAAAAGGCCAAACCUUUCUGUUGAAUGUUAUCAAGCUGACAUAGACAUAAAAAGGGUGUUCUAACAAGGGAUUUAUUAUGGACAGCAGGAGCAAGCAGGUGCAAGCAUAACUAGAUGUUCUUCAGUGUUUUUUUUAAUCAGACUUGUAGACUAGUGUCUUUCUGUUUAAUUUAUUAGCCUGUUUCCUGACAUUCAUUGUGUGUGUUUGUUGUGCCUCAUCAUUUGUAAAUCUGCUUUGGCAUCAUAUAUUUGAGGAGUCGUUGACGAGAUUUUACACAAAUGUUUUAUAUUUAUGAAAAUGCAGUUCUACUCACGUUUCUUUCAUCUCUGAUGAUAGAGAAUAAAAUUAUGGACCAACUGUU